AUGAAGGUCUUCCUGCCGAUGCUUCUGGCUGCCCUCCUGGGUGUGGAACAAGCCCACUCCCUGAUGUGCUUCUCGUGCACGGAUCAGCAGAGCAAUCUAUACUGCCUGACGCCAACCAUCUGCUCCAGCUCGGACAACUACUGUGUCACUGUGGCCACUGAGGCUGGCAUCGGGAACAUGGUGAACUUCGGCCGGACCCUGAAUAAAGGCUGCUCGCCCAUCUGUCCUGGCCCCAGCGUUGACCUGGGUGUGUUGUCAGUGGGUACUCACUGCUGUCAGAAUUUCCUGUGUAAUAUCAGUGCAGCUGGUGGUGGACCUCAGGUCAGCGCCACCGUGCUGGGCCUAGGGCUUCUGCUGAGCCUGCUGGCGGUGCUGGUCACUCAGCUGCAGUCCUCAGGGAUCGGGGACCCCAAGAGGCCUUUCUCAGAGCUGGAGCUGAUGCAGGCUGCUAACAACGCCCACCCUUCCCUCCCUGAUCCCUUUCUGCUUCCUGGCAGUCUGGUGGGGGAAGAAUUUGCCGGAGUCUGCAGGGCCAAGGCGCACUCAGAUACACUCAUCUGCUACAAGUGCUUCAAAGUCCCAGACCACCAAGCCUGUGAAGCUAUCCGCUGUUCCCCCAACGACACCGUCUGUAUCUCUCAUGAGAUUACCGUAACGCUCCGUGUGAGUUUACAAUGCUACCAGUGCACCAAGACCAACAAAAGCGAGGACUGCCCAGUGACCUCGUGCAAGCCUCAGAACACCAAAUGCUUGUCCUUCCAUGUAGACGUCAAACAGGAUGAGCCUGGGAGGGCACUUAGCGGCCCCAGGCUUCAGCUGUGA